AUGCUCUCCGAGAGAACGCGGAGCCGCCAUCACGCCCAGUUUCAGAGGCACCAACGGUGUCACCGGAGUUGGCGCUGGAGGAAGACGACCAGCGUGCUCUCACUGCAGAAGUCCCUGGCCGACGCGUUGGCUCUGGCAGAGGCUGAGGCCAUGACGGAUGGAGACGUUCUGGUUCACGAGUUGCUGGAGGAGGCGGUGCAGAAUGCCGAGCUGGACUCGCGCGAGGUGUCGCGCGGCAUCUCCACGGUGUUCACGCCCACGGAGGUGAGCGUUGCAGCUUCACAAGCUGAGGUAGACGCUCUCGAAGAGAACGCGGACAAGCCGGCCUCGCGGCCAGCUUCAGAUGCGCCAACAGUGUCACCGGAGUUGGCGCUGGAAGAAGACGACCAACGCGUCGAGCAGCUGACGCUGCAAAAGUCGCUGGCCGACGCUUUGGCAUUGGCGGAGGUUGCAGACAGCGAGAUUCCGCGGGAGAUUGCCUCGCGAGAGACCGCUGUGCGGGACGUGUCGACGCCAGAGAUGGAAGAGGCACUGGCUCACUGCCCCUGCCUAGACCGAAACCUUGUUUUUCUCCUGUGCAGGUGA